AUGAGUGAAAAGCUUACAAGUAAAAAGUCUCAGUCAACUGUUCUGAGAUCAGAACUUCAGAUCAAACCAUUGAUACCAGAGACAAUUCUCGAUGUCACAUCACAACGAUUGUCUAUCAUCUCUAUAUUUGUGCUUAUUCAAGGUUGGAAAAUAUAUGACUUGUAUCUGAUCAAGAAUGAUGUGUUGAGGGAGUAUUUGAACAAUUCGGUCUCAAUCAAUUUUCUUCCUCCUGAGUGGAACUUCAUUUUCAAGUACAUGUUUCUGGACGGAGUUAUUGUGUGGGCAAAUUCGGUUUUAAGAAUUCCUAAACUUGUUCUCAGACCUUACGCUUCUGGGCUUCUGAUCAUAGUGUUAUACGUCAUAACAAUUCUGCUCACAACAAAUUUCAGAAUAUCAAUUAUUCCUGUGUUCACUACCAUUUUACAAGCCAUUAGUCCUCAAAGAGAGCUUACGAUUUCAGAAGGACUGGUUAACCGACAAACAACUUUCGAUCAGUCGUCUCACUUCAGGGGUAAAAAAACUAUCAGAUUUCUGCCAGAUUCUUCAAUCAAGUUGAACCCUUUUAACAAAAACUAUUGCUUGCAAUCGUCACAUUACAGCAAAAUCAAAGUUCCUGUUAAAUUCAAUUCUUCAGGCGAGCUUGACUUUCUUCAGAUUUCUCACACCGACUUGGACAAUCAAAAGACCAUUUUGAACUAUACGAGAAAGGAGCUGAAAAAGUUUCUUGUGUCUGAUUAUUCUCUGUCCCAAAAGUGGGACAUAAAUUACAUUGACGAUAGAGUGACUUACUUGGAACUUGAACUUGACAAGCCGGGUUACUAUCGAAUUCAGGAAGCUCACGACAUUAAAUCCAAAAACAUUCGAGUUUAUAAGUCCGACUUCAUUCUUCCAAGAUGCCCUGAAGCUCACUUUGAGAAUCCAGAACCACUGAAAAACCUGUGUGUUGAUGAUGAGUUUGAUCAACUUUCUAUCAUGGUAAAUGGUGUUCCUCCUUUGACUCUCGUGUACGAGGAGGAGGUCAACGGUGAGCUAUCGCAUCUCCCAAACUCAAUCAUCGUUCCCGAAGACCAGACAUUUAGUUCCCCCCUUCUCUCAAAAGACUUUUACACGGGAAAGAGCGUCAUCAAAUCAGAUUUCAAACAAAAGGAUCUCACGAAUAUUGAGUGGGCAAAAUCAAGACUCAUUAAAGUUCCUCUGGCCAGCCGGAAAAUAGAAAAGUCCGGUGACAUAAUAUACACCAUUGAUAGCAUAAUUGACGGCUUUGGUAACACAGUGAAAUAUUCACCAAAUCCUAGCGAUACCAAUCAUUUUUACAAAGUCAAGUCACAUCCAAUACUACUGAUCAAUUUUGUGGAUACGAAACCAGGAACGCCAAUUCUUAUCGACGAAGAGAAAUUCUUGGAGAUCAGACCUAGCUUGGCUUCAGAUAUACAUGCAGAGGGUCCCUUUUCAAUUGACGUUAAAUUCAUUCCAUUGGACGGCGAAAAGCAUUCGGGUGUCAUGACCCGGGUUUUUGAUUUUAAGAAACCGGCUAGGAUAUCUGUAAAAGAGCCUGGAAACUACAUUUUGGAAUCUGCUAGCUCAAGAUACUGUCCAUGUAAGAUCGGAACAUCAACAAUCAGUGUCACGCAAGCAAAAUACCCAUGGAUGGAUGUUCUCGCUACUCCGAUCGUUGAUAAUUGUGUUGGAACAACAGGUUUUAAGUUUGCCUUUGAAUUUAUAGGGACAGGUCCCUUUGAAGUUGACUAUAAAGUUUCCAAGCUUGAUCCAUCAAACGAAAAGAAGGUGAUCGCAACCAAGGGUGCAAAAGUAUUGCGCUCAGAAACCUCUACCUUUGAGUUUGAUUACAAACCACCUACCGAAGGUAGUUAUGCCAUAGAGUUUGUUUCUUUGAGCGAUGCCCAUUACAAGCGGAAAGUCAAGUUUGAUCGCAACAAAUACCGCUAUGUUACUUAUUUUGAGCAGCGGCCCAAGGCGUAUUUUUCAGAGAACUCAAAGAUUACCCAAAUUAGUGUCUGUCAUGCUGAGGGAGCUUCCAUCGAUUUGAGACUAGAUGGUAAGCCUCCCUAUCAAAUUGCGUACGAUUUGGUUUACCCAGAUUACAAGAUAGAGAGAUUUGAGGUGUCAGAUAUUGUCGAUCAUCAUUACAAGAUAGAAACAAGUGAUUUACUUCUAGGUGGUGAAUAUAAAUUACUGCUUCGGAAUGUCACUGAUGCUUCACACUGUGGUAUGGAAUUCAAGGGCCAAGAAGCUCGCAUUAAUGUGCGUCCAAGUUCUCCACAGCUCAGUUUCACAAAGAGUGAUUCGUACAAAUUUGUUCAAGGCAGAACACUCACGGUCCCACUGAAGGCAGAUUUCCACUCGGGAACAGACCUCACUUACCAAUUUUUGUCUUUCGAUGGGACUACACAGGAAACCAGAUCCCUUCAUAACUUUAGCCCUUCAGAUGGGUUUCCUAUAAAAGAGGAAGGAAAGUACCGAUUGCUUGAGUUUUCUGCUGAAGGAUGCAGAGGCGUUAUUUCUGACGAUCAUGAAAUCAGUGCAACAUAUCUUUCAAAGCCCCGACUAGAGCUCAUAAGCAAAAGUGACCAAUCUUCUUCAACUGUUUUAUGCCAACGGAGUUCUGGUUCAAUUGAUUUAAAGGCUCUAGGAGAACCUCCGUUCAUCAUCGAAUAUUCCAUUAGGUAUCCAAGUGGUACCUUAGAAGAGAAAACAGAACAGGUCUCCAACAAAUUUUUCUCCAUCCAGCUCAAAACUGCUGAAAGUGGUAUUUAUGAAUACACAAUUAGGGGGGUGUACGACUCUGUUUACACCAGUGAGAUAUUGGACUCUCUACGGAAAGAUAAAGAAUAUCACUUUGAUGAAUUUAAGAUCCAGCACACUAUAUCAUCUUUACCAUCAGCUUACUUUGUGGAUAAUGGAGCCACAUAUCAGACAUGUGUUUCUUCCCUAGGUAAGUUAUCGUCACUCGAAGCAAUCCCUCUGAGAUUGUCUGGAAAGGCUCCCUACAAUUUGAAACUUGGAAUCUACAACGAACAGGAGGGUUUCAAGACACUAACGCUGACCGGAAUUGAGACUGAAAAACUGGAGCUGCUUAAUGUUUACGAGCAUCUUAAGAUAGGGUCGUAUUCUCUUUCGAUCCUUGAAAUAGUCGACUCCAAUGGUUGUUUCAGCAAUGAUUUUGAAAAAGAGCAUGUCACAGUCCAAGUGUAUGAUGUUCCUAAAAUUCGCCACCUCAAUGAUGAUGUCACUCAAACUGAGGAGGAUUCGCUGAGACAAUCAAAUGAAUUGAGUCACUACUGCGUUGGUGAUCACAUCAAUUACAUGCUUACAGGUCUUCCACCAUUUACUCUAUACUAUGAAUUCGGUGGGAGAAGACAAAAGGUCAAUGUGGAGUCCAACUACUUCAAAAGAAGAGCUUCCAGUGAAGGUGAAUUGACUAUUCUUGCACUCUCCGAUUCCUCGUCUAAGAAUUGCCUCGUUAAUUUCACUUCGGAACUUGAUGACAGUUUGAGGCCAGAUCUUAUGGCCAAGGUUUACGAUUUACCCUCAGUCGAAAUCUCGCAAGGUGAUUCCCUAGAGGAGGACAUCCAAGAGGGUGAUAAGGUCGAGAUCAUUUUUACUUUCACAGGCACUCCACCGUUCAGAUUGACAUAUAUUCGUACGGAUUUGGCGGAGCCGACUCGCAUCGUGGAGACGGAAGUCAUAGAAAACAUUGUGGAUCAUGAGUAUAGAAUGUGGGCGCGUUUGGAAGGUAUCUAUGAAGCGGUUGAGCUUCAGGAUGCGUACUGCAUUGCCAGAAAUCAUAAAUAA